GAAGCUUUUUGUAUUGUCUUGGUUGAACCUAUUUAAUGAGGCUCAUGCAGGCCUGUAGAUCGUUCGAAGUCGUGUAACUCACCAGACCGAUAAGGAAAACUCAUUCAUUCGUUUCCAUUCGUUUGAUUCAGUCGUUUUUGACCCGAAUUGUAUAUAAAAACAUAUUUUCUCAACUUAGUUCAUCAUGGUGAGAGCAAAGAUAUUGUUUGGCACUCUCGUUUCUUGGGCCUCUCAUGGUCUAAGUGCCUCGGUGGAUUCGUCCUUCUCUGCAGCAGACACUAUACAGCGAGAUGUCGUUGUCGUUGGCGGUGGCUCGUCAGGCACACACGCGGCCAUCAGACUCAGGGAUGCUGGCAAGACCGUUGUCGUGGUUGAGAAGCAAGCACAACUAGGAGGCCACGUGAAGACAUUCACAGCCUCGUCAGGGGUUCGCGUCAACUAUGGCCCUUCCAACUUCCAGAACAACACCGCCGUCGUCGACUGGUUCUCCCGAUUCAACAUUCCCCUCGUGCAGUAUCAGCAGCCGGGAGUAGGCGACAAGUAUGCAGAAUUCAGCACAGGCAAGGAGCUAGCGAAUGGAACUCUCCCUAGCCCUGACUUCGGUGCAUACCUCCAAGUUCUUGCCAAGUUCCCAUACCUUGAAGACUUCUCGCAGCUACCCGAUCCGAUCCCGGAAGACUUGCUGCUGCCAUUUGGCCAGUUCGUCGAAAAGUACAAUCUCCAGAGUGUCGCGUUUACCAUCGCUCAGUUUGCCACUUCAAACGGCAACAUCUUCGAGCAACCAGCACUGUACAUUUUGAAGGUAGCCGACGCUCCAUACAUCCAAGCCACGAUCAGUGGUGGAGCACUAGCCCCAGCGACAUAUGACGCGCAAUCAGUCUUCCUAAAGGCCCAAGAGUAUCUUGGAUCCGAUGCCUUGGUUAGCUCUACUGUCUCCAGCGCAACACGAUCAAAUACCAGCGUCAGCGUCGUCGUCAACACCCCCAACGGCAAAAAACUCAUCAAGGCGAAGAAGCUACUUGUUACAAUGCCCCCAACGACCAGCAAUCUGAAACCAUUGGGUCUUGACUCGCGUGAAUCAGGAAUAUUCUCCAAAUUCCAGAACAAAGCGUUCUACACCGUCCUACUCAACCAAACCGGUCUAGCCGAGGGUUUCCGCUACUACAACGCCAAAGCCGCCGCAGGCAGCACAUACCACGUCCCUUCUCUGCCAGUCCUACAGUUCAUCUGGGCAACCAAGGACGUGGACACAUACUGGGCGUGGUACAGCGCAGCCAGCGAACUGCCCGACGCAACCGUCAAGGCGAAUAUCAUCAAGGAUUUCAAGACACUAGCCCCGGGAUCGGACCCCCAGAUCGUGGUCUUUUCCAACGCCGGCCCGUCAGGCCUCGGCGUCUCAGCGGACGAGAUCAGGAACGGGUUUUAUAAGAACUUGCUUGCGCUGCAGGGGUACAGGAACACGUGGUAUACCGGCUACGCUUGGGUUUCGGACCACUCGGCUGGGCUGUGGAAUCAUACUGAUGCGGAGUUGGUUCCUAGGAUGCUUCAGUAGUUGGUUGCGGACGUGGAAGAGAGUUGGGUUGGGCGCAUCCCGUUUUGAUUUUUUAGCAUUUUCGAUUCUUGUGGGAUGAUGGGCCUGAGUUUAAUAGUCAUUUAUAUUUAGUUGGUGACUUCGAUAUAGAGAAAUGUUUAACGAUUAAAUGGCCUGGUUA